AUGGCCGCCGCGGUGGUCGACGACGCUGGGAUGGACGCCGUCCAGAAGCGGCUCAUGUUCGAGGACGAAUGCAUUUUGGUGGAUGAGCAGGACAAUGUUAUUGGCCAUGAGUCAAAGUACAACUGCCAUCUGAUGGAAAAGAUCGAGGCUGAUAAUCUGCUCCAUAGGGCAUUCAGUGUGUUCCUUUUCAACUCAAAAUAUGAGCUGCUACUUCAGCAAAGGUCCGUGACAAAGGUUACCUUUCCUUUAGUUUGGACCAAUACCUGCUGCAGCCAUCCUCUGUACCGUGAGUCUGAGCUUAUCCAGGAGGACUACCUUGGUGUGAGAAAUGCAGCACAGAGGAAGCUGCUGGAUGAACUGGGCAUCCCAGCAGAAGAUGCCCCAGUUGACCAAUUCACCCCUCUCGGUCGAAUGCUUUACAAGGCACCAUCUGAUGGAAAAUGGGGGGAGCAUGAGCUUGACUACCUGCUGUUCAUCGUCCGGGACGUGAAGGUGCAGCCGAACCCGGAUGAAGUCGCUGACGUGAAGUACGUGAACCGCGAGGAGCUCAAGGAGCUGAUCCGAAAGGCUGACGCUGGCGAGGACGGCGUGAAGAUCUCCCCCUGGUUCAGGCUGGUGGUGGACAACUUCCUGAUGGGCUGGUGGGACCAUGUCGAGAAAGGCACCCUCGCCGAGGCUGUGGACAUGGAGACCAUCCAUAAGCUGAAGGAGUGA